AUGGAAGGAGACGCCACGGCGACCCCUAGCAACGCCAGCAAGGCCCUUGGCAGUGUCACUGUAGCCCUGAGCGACACCAUGGCGACCCCUAGCAACGCCAGCAAGGCCCUUGGCAGUGUCACUGUAGCCCUGAGCGACACCACGGCGACCCCUAGCAACGCCAGCAAGGCCCUUGGCAGUGUCACUGUAGCCCUGAGCGACACCACGGCGACCCCUAGCAACGCCAGCAAGGCCCUUGGCGGUGUCACGGUAGCCCCGAGCGACGCCACGGCGACCCCUAGCGAUGCCAGCAAGGCCCUUGGCGGUGUUAGGGUAGCCCCGAGCGACGCCAUGGCGACCCCUAGCAACGCCAGCAAGGCCCUUGGCAGUGUCACUGUAGCCCCGAGCAAUGCCACGGCGACCCCUAGCGACGCCAGCAAGGCCCUUGGAGGUGUUACGGUAGCCCCGAGCGAUGCCACGGCGACCCCUAGCGACGCCAGCAAGGCCCUUGGAGGUGUUACGGUAGCCCCGAGCGAUGCCACGGCGACCCCUAGCGAUGCCAGCAAGGCCCUUGGCGGUGUUAGGGUAGCCCCGAGCGACACCACGGCGACCCCUAGCAACGCCAGCAAGGCCCUUGGCGGUGUCAUGCUAGCCCCGAACGACACCAUGGCGACCCCUAGCAACGCCAGCAAGGCCCUUGGCAGUGUCACUGUAGCCCUGAGCGACACCACGGCGACCCCUAGCGAUGCCAGCAAGGCCCUUGGCGGUGUUAGGGUAGCCCCGAGCGACGCCACGGCGACCCCUAGCGACGCCAGCAAGGCCCUUGGCGGUGUCAGGGUAGCCCCGAGCGAUGCCACGGCGACCCCUAGCGACGCCAGCAAGGCCCUUGGCAAUCGGCAACCCCUAGAGACCCCAGUGCAGCCCUUGGCAAUGUCACGGUAG